GAUUUGAACAGGGCGGCGCUCAAGGGUUUAUAAGAGGUUUAAUAGACAAUGAAAAGCUCUCUCUCUUCAAGAACUUCAACAACAAGCCACUUUCCAAAAACCCUCGACCUCCUCAAAAUCAGCAUCUUCCGAUCCCCAAAACCCUAACUCCUUAGCUAGCCUUUUAAAUCCUAAAAUGUCAUCUUCUGAUAACAACCAAUCGCUAAAAUCAACUCCGGAAUCUGCAAAUGUUACCUCCCACCAACCCCUAGAAUCAAAACCCCAAAACCCGGAAGCCAAUUCCCAAUCUUCUUCAAUCGAUACAAAAAUUGAAAAACCCCAAGAAGAGAAGGAGACAGUGAUCGUUAAUGGAGAAGAAUUUGAAGGUGAGGAAGCGGAAGAAGAGGAGGAGGGAGAGUGUGGAUUUUGUCUUUUUAUGAAGGGCGGUGGGUGCAAAGAAAGCUUUAUAGCCUGGGAGAAUUGCGUUGAAGAAUCUGAGAAGAACAAGGAAGAUGUUGUGGAGAAGUGCUUUGAAGUAACUAGUGCUUUGAAGAAGUGUAUGGAGGCUCAUGCUGAUUACUACCAGCCCAUUUUGCAUGCUGAAAAAGCGGCUCAGGAGGAGGCCGUCAAGGAGUUGGAGAAAGAGAAGGCUGCCCAGGAUUCCAAAGGAAAUGUUGAUGAGGGUAGAAAAUAAGAUGGUUUGAUCACUAACUCUCUAUGUAUGACUUUGAAAUUUUAUUGCGGGAAUUCCGCCGAACUGAGGAUAAUAAGAUUUUUUUUAUCUUGUUUUGUUACGGAUACGGAAACAAGAUUAAGGAUAGUUAAGAGAUGAGAAUUAGAAAUUAUUUGAAGAUGCUGUUAAUGUUUACUUUGUAAUAAGUGGAUGCUGUUUUUGAACAUGAGAAUCAAGUAUUAUUUGGUUAUAUGAUGAGAACUUGAGUUAUUCGAUUAA